CAGACCUUUAAACCCCGUAAUAAAACCCUAGAGACUUCGCGAGACGCCGGCGUGAAAUCCCCAAAGCAAAACCACAACAAAUCCUGCGCUAUGUCGUCGGGGUCUCUCGCCGUCCGGCUACUCCGCCGCGCCACCUCCUCGUCGCAGCUCUCCACAACACUCACCCGCCGCUGCGCUCACUCCUACGCGGCAUCUCGCCCACCCUCUCCGCUCCCUCGUUUCCACUCCGCCGCCGCCGCCGCUUCCUCUCAUUCCGGGAUCACGAUCCGCCGCUUCUUGUCGUCGCAGUCCCAGGUGUCUUCCUCCAAGGUCUCGGCGGACGAGAACCUGAGGCGGGUCAUCGACUCCGAGAUCGAGUGCGUCGUCGAAUCGGAGGAGGCCUCCGCGCAGCAAAUUGAUCCACCAGAAGACUUCCCAUUUGAGAUAAUCGAUAACCCGGGUGAUCAGUCCGUAAUCCUUAAAAGAGAGUUUGCAGGAGAGACUAUUAAAGCUACUGUCUACACAAACUUUGAUGCCGAGGAAGAUUUGAACAAUGAUGACUCUGAUGCUGAGAAGGACGAGGAAUCUUUUAAGCCAGCAAUUCAGAUGGUUGUCACUGUUGAGAAACCAGAAGGCCCAAUCCUGGAGUUCGACUGCAACUUCAAUGAUGAUGAACUGGCAAUUGAGAGUAUGAGGAUGCUGAAUCGUGACAAUAAUGAUGCUGAGAAUGUAUACGAGGGACCACCAUUUUCGAUUCUAGACGACAGCUUGCAGAAGUCAUUGCACAGGUAUCUUGAAGUGAGGGGAAUCAAGCACUCACUGCAUGACUGGCUGCACGAGUUCAUGAUGAGCAAGGAUGAGAAGGAGUAUGUUGUUUGGUUGAAGAACAUGAGAGACUUCAUUAGGAAGUGAAUGCCAUUGUCCUUGAUUUUGUUUGGGUAGAAAAACGAGGUUCUGGCACCCACUCUUAUAUCUGGUCAAGGCUAAGCUCUGGCUUUAUGUUUUGCUGGACAGUUAUCUUUAGAGAAGCACUUUUUUUUCUGUUGUACUAGCAUAUCUUUGUCCUAUGAUUCGUCGAUAUAUGGUCAUUCUAUUAAUGUGUUUUCAUUCGUGAGGAUAUUGCUAACCCUUCUAGAAAAAGGAUUAUUUACUGGAAACCUUCUAGAAAAAGGAUUAAUAAGUGACUGAGCUUUGUUACAGUGGUGGGGGUGGUCGAGAAUUUGAGAUAUGAAUAUAUCAUUGCCCUUGCCCAUAGUGGUGUGAAA